AUGAGGUUUACGCCCAUCUGGCGGCUCUAUCAAAAUAUUGUCCUAAAAUCUACUCGACUUUUGUCAAUUAGGGUUAGAAAGAUGAAUGGCCUAAAUGGGCAAAGUGACAUGGAUUCCCUACGGGUUAAAAUCCGAGAACAGGGUGAUGUUAUUCGACGUCUUAAAGAUGAGAAGGCCCCUGAUGGUACCUUGAAAGAAGCUGUUUCAAUCCUAAAGGCUCUUAAAAAGGCUCUAGAUGAAAAGGAAAUAGAGCUUUCUCCCAAAGAUCCUUAUUUUGACCGUGCCAAACUAGAAGACCUCUUGAAACAGAAGUUUUUUUAUGAUCAAGCGUUCUCGAUCUACGGAGGUGUGCAAGGCCUUUAUGACUACGGCCCUAUGGGUUGUGCCAUGAAAGCUAAUUUACUGUCUGCAUGGCGUCAGUUUUUUAUUUUGGAAGACCACUUACUGGAAGUUGACUGUUCAAUGCUCACACCUGAACCAGUUUUACAAGCGUCUGGACACGUUGAUCGCUUCACAGACCUAAUGGUUAAAGAUGUGAAAACUGGGGAUUGUUUCCGUGCCGACCAUCUGGUGAAGGCAGCACUAGAAGCCAAGAAAAGUAAUAAGAAAACUCCUGAGAAUGAAAAACACGAAAUUGAUCAGAUGUUAGUGCAGUUGGACAACUAUGGUGCUGACGAACUGCACAAAAUUAUUCGUCGUUUUGAUAUCAAGUCGCCGACCACAUUAAAUGAUUUGACUGAGCCUCAAGAAUUUAAUCUGAUGUUUUCCACAAUGAUUGGUCCUACAGGUCAAUGUAAAGGUUACCUUCGCCCGGAAACUGCCCAAGGAAUAUUCGUUAAUUUCCAAAGACUGUUACAUUUUAACCAAGGUCGUCUUCCUUUUGGAGCUGCUCAGAUUGGUUCCGCUUUUCGAAACGAAAUCAGUCCACGUUCUGGUCUAAUUCGCGUUAGGGAGUUUACUAUGGCAGAGAUUGAAUACUUCGUGGAUCCAGCUGACAAAAGCCAUCCCAAAUUCGGGGAGGUAAAGGAUGUGGAAAUGCUGCUUUAUUCAUCUUGUAAUCAAAUGAAUGGUGAGGGGCCUAAGACUUUAACUAUUGGAGAGGCAGUCAAUAAAGGUAUUGUGGCGAAUCAAACAUUGGGCUACUAUAUGGCACGCAUACACUUAUUUUUAAUUCAUAUUGGAGUAGAUCCGAAACGCCUACGUUUUCGACAACAUUUAUCCAAUGAAAUGGCUCACUAUGCCUGUGAUUGUUGGGAUGCUGAAUGUCAAACUAGUUAUGGUUGGAUUGAGUGUGUUGGUUGUGCAGAUAGAAGCUGUUAUGACUUAAAUCAACACAGCAAGGCAACAGGUACCCGUUUAGUUGCUGAAAAACCAUUAGACGAACCUCAAACUGUACAAAUUUGUGAAUGUGUACCGAAUAAAAGUGAACUUGGAAAAGUGUUUCGUGGAGAUGCCAAAGCAGUCUUACAACAGUUAAGCUCUCUUACACUCGAUGAGUCUCGCUCUUUAAAGAAUGAAUUAGAAAGUAACGGUAAAGCUACACUUACUGUUUAUGGAAAACAGAUGGAUAUUAGUCAGUCAAUGGUUCAGAUCAAGGAAUAUGAAAAUGUUGUGCAUGUGAAAGAGAUAGUACCUAAUGUGAUUGAGCCUUCCUUUGGCAUUGGUCGAAUAUUGUAUACCAUAUUUGAACAUUCUUUCCGCGUACGUGAAGGUGAUGAACAACGUACGUAUCUUUCAGUAACCCCAGUAUUGGCUCCAUAUAAAUGCUCUUUGUUACCACUUUCAAAUCAUCCUGAUUUUGCUCCAAUUAUACGCAAGUUAUCCAUAGAACUGACUAAAUGUGGAGUUUCACAUCGAGUCGACGAAAGCAGUGGAUCGAUUGGACGACGUUAUGCUCGUACAGAUCAAAUUGCUAUUCCGUAUGGAAUUACUAUUGAUUUUGAUACCUUGAAUAAAUCACCUGCUUCAGCAACUCUUCGUGAGCGAGAUAGCAUGAAACAAAUUAGAGUUCCUUUGGAUGAACUGCCUUCCUUGAUCGCAGAUAUUUCUAACGGGAUUAAAUCAUGGGAUGAUGCACGAGCAAAGUAUCCAGCAUUUGAACAACAAGAAACGGCUCAAAAACAAACAACAGCACAGCCUUCAUCAAAUAAACAUCCUGACACUUCAUUUCAUUCUAUUUCUGAACAAGAGUUGAGUUCCGAUAAAAUAAGUGAAACAGUAACAGAGCGAAAGACCACUGUCGUUAACACACAUCGGCAUACUAAUUGCGAUGGCGAAAAACUAUCUCUUCCAUCUGGAAGUUCUAUAUCAUCUAAAGAAACAUCCACUGGUCUUAUUGGAAAGAAACCUAUUAACUGGACAGAUUGUGGUAAAGCUAUUCGAAAACGCUAUAAAGAGCAAGAAGAGCGGGAAAAGCUACUUAAUAUGCAAAACUCAGUCACACUAUCCCCCAGCUUACCAAAUAACGUUGGUAGUCGCCUGGUGGAACUCAGCAAUUCACCGCUUCUUCAUCCUGAAAUUCAUGAAGAUCCUGCUAUGACUACCCAGCUAAACCAUUCUCUAUCAAAAAACAAAGAAAAUCAUUCUGUAUUUCCAAAUAGUCUGGCGCCUAUCAAAAAAUCCUCUGAUUGUGAUAGGAUUGAUACAGAGGUCGACGUGUCAUCUGAUUGGCCACCAUUAUCACCUAGUACAAAACCUAAAGAAAAGCUCCCAUACCACGGCGUCUUUGUUGGAGAAGGAUGGUGGGACGGAAAAAAGACUGCUGAAACGAAGCCUGUUGGUUCUUACAACCAUGUUCCACACUAUAACUGCACAUCAAAUAAAUCUCAACUUUCUUCCCAGCUAGUGUCGUCUACUCACAAAUCUGAAAACCCUAGUGUGUGCAAUAAAGAUCGUCCUGAAUGGGUUUCCACUUUAGCCAGACUAGACCAACCUCAGUUUGAGGGUGAAAUGAGUCAGUUCCUUGAUACAUGUUCACCUGUAGUGAAAAGUAAUCAUAUGGUAUCUAGUAAGUGCAUAUCCAAAGACAACGUUGAAACCGUGAGUCCUAUGCCAAAUGAAUUAUCACAUCAUGGGCUAUUCGUGGGUGGUGGAUGGCCGAGUGUAAAAUCGAAUGAGAAAAAAGUGACACCUAAAUGUGAAAAUUUUGAUACUAAAGAAGUUGAAUCUAAGAAAAUUUCCCAGAAUAAUAAGAGUGAAUCAGCUCGUCAACUAGAUACAAGUACAAACGAUUGCGAGUGGAGUUCAGUUCUCACUCAAAUUCCUGAAAGUCUUUUAGAUUCAGAACAAGUUCAAAUUAACCAAAUUGAUUUGAAUGAUCUUAGUAUAUUCACUGCUCUCAAGUCAGAAUCACAAAAUCACUUGACUUUACUGCCUAACAAUUCUGAGCUGUUAAAAAAUCAAGGUAACUCUUCUGUCCCCAUCAUAUCUAAGCAGCCUAUCAAUUCAAAAUUGACAGGAUUCAUGAGUCAAUCUGAAGACGCUGAUAACCAAUACAAUAUUCAAUCACCAACAGACACUAGCUCUCAAAAAGAUCUUCAUAAUAUUAACACUAUCCAAAAUGAAGUCAAGAUUGAAUUAAAGCCACUUGUUGUUAACAGUGUACCUUAUACUUCUCAAUGA